GCGCACGCGCACAUAAGACUCACCCCCACUCCCGAUGGCGGAGCCUGAAAGGGAAGUUGGGAUGCUGCAAGCGAUGAAGCGUUGUUUGGCUGAUUUCCCCACCGAAGCCCGGGAGUUGUGUUGGUCAGAAUCAGUGCCGUACCUUGAUAUUCUUCCACCUCCCCUGGAAUUCUACCGGGAAUGGAUCUGCCCAAACAAACCAUGUAUAAUCCGAAAUGCUUUCCACCACUGGCCGGCUCUGAAGAAGUGGACCUUGGGUUACUUGAGGCAAAAAAUGGGCUCCAAGCUGGUGAGUGUGGCAGUAACCCCCAAUGGUUAUGCUGAUGCGGUUUAUCAGGACUGGUUUGUUAUGCCAGAGGAGCGUCAUAUGCCUUUCAGUGCUUUUUUGGACAUUUUGGAAAAGAAGAUAACUUCUCCAGGGGUGUUCUAUGUGCAGAAACAGUGUUCAAACUUGACUGAGGAAUUUCCUGAACUUAUAGGUGAUGUGGAGCCUGAGAUACCUUGGAUGAGCGAAGCACUGGGAAAGAAGCCCGAUGCUGUGAAUUUCUGGCUGGGAGAAUCUUCUGCAGUGACUUCAUUUACUUCACCUGGACAGAAUUUUGGAGGGAAGAAAGUGGGUGGGAGGGAAUCUGUAUUAAGUGGUAAAAUACCCCACGGUGCUCCUAUGAGUUUGCCACAUUGCCCUGAGGUGCUGUGGUACAUACACAGUGUGGGAAUUGCAGAGUUAAUUGUAAACAAUAUACUUCUAUCUGUACUUUAUGUUCCAGAGUUAUAUCCACCAGCAACUUACCACAUCUCAGAAGAUGGAUCAUUUGAUAUUCUAGAAGAUAAAACGGCAGAGAAGGUACCCUGGAUCCCUUUAGAUCCUUUAAGUCCAGAUCUGAAACAAUACCCAGAAUACACUCAGGCAAAGCCUUUAAGAUGUAAUGUGAAGUCUGGUGAAAUGUUGUAUCUUCCUUCUCUUUGGUUCCAUCAUGUUCAGCAAUCACAUGGCUGCAUAGCAGUGAAUUAUUGGUAUGAUAUGGAAUACGAUCUAAAAUACUCCUAUUAUCAGCUGCUGGAUUCUCUCACAAAAGUUGCACAACCAAUUUUGGAUUCUUCGUGGAACACCUAACCUUUUACAUCUGAUAUGGAACUGUACAUACAAUUUUUGUAUAUCUUUAUUCAUAUAAUUUAAAUAAAUAAUUGCAUAAUAAAUA